AUGAUGUAAACCUUUCUCUCUCCCCUCCCCUCCACAGAACCUUCCCUAUUGUGUUAGAGCAUGGUAGCUAUCUCUUUCUCCGCAGGGCGUGAUACCUGCCCCGAAACUCUACCACUUACAUAUUCCAUGAACCUCUUCCAUCUAUCUCCUCCACAGGGUGGGUUACCUGCCCUUGAACUCUCUUCUCUUCCCUGAUGUUGUUUCAAACCUCUUCCCUACAGGAUUUUAACAUAUUUGAUCCAUCUCCACACGGUGGGUUACCUGCCCCAAAACUACCACUCAUCAUAUUCCCUGUGGUAUAUUUAUGGUGUAUAUGGUAUAUUAAAAACCGGGUCGUUCGAGCCCUGGAUGCUGAUUGGCUGAAAGCUGUGGUAUAUCAGACAAUAUACCAUGGGGAUAAAGCAAAAUAUAUUGUUUACUGUUCUAAUUAUGUUGGUAACCAGUUUAAAAUGGCAAUAAGGCACCUCAGGGGUUUGUGGUAUAUGGCCAAUAUACUGUACCACGGCUAAGGGCGCUAUCCAGGCACUCCACGUUUUGUCGUGCUUAAGAACAGCCCUUAGCCGUGGUAUUUUUUUUAAUUUAUUUUUUUUAUUUCACCUUUAUUUAACCAGGUAAGCCAGUUGAGAACAGGUUCUCAUUUACCACUGCGACCUGGCCAAGAUAAAGCAAAGUAGUGCAAUAAAAACAACACAGAGUUACAUAUGGGGUAAAAAACAUAAAGUCAGAAAUACAACAGAAAAUAUAUAUACAGUGUGUGCAAAUGUAGCAAGUUAUGGAGGUAAGGCAAUAAAUAGGCUAUAGUGCAGAAUAAUUACAAUAGUAUUAACACUGGAAUGCUAGAUGUGCAAGAGAUUAUGUGCAAAUAGAGAUACUGGGGUACAAAAGAGCAAAAUAAAUAACAAUAUAGGGAUGAGGUAGUUGGGUGGGCUAAUUUCAGAUGGGCUGUGUACAGGUGCAGUGAUCGGUAAGGUGCUCUGACAACUGAUGCUUAAAGUUAUUGAGGGAGAUAAGAGUCUCCAGCUUCAGAGAUUUUUGCAAUUCGUUCCAGUCAUUGGCAGCAGAGAACUGGAAGGAAUGGCGGCCAAAGGAGGUGUUGGCUUUGGGAAUGACCAGUGAGAUAUACCUGCUGGAGCACAGACUACGGGUGGGUGCUGCUAUGGUGACCAAUGAGCUAAGAUAAGGCGGGAUUUGCCUAGCAGUGAUUUAUAGAUGGCCUGGAGCCAGUGGGUUUGACGACGAACAUGUAGUGAGGACCAGCCAACAAGAGCGUACAGGUCAGAGUGGUGGGUAGUGUAUGGGGCUUUGGAGACAAAACGGAUGGCACUGUGAUAGACUACAUCCAAUUUGCUGAGUAGAGUGUUGGAGGCUAUUUUGUAAAUGACAUCGCCGAAGUCAAGGAUCGGUAGGAUAGUCAGUUUUACGAGGGCAUGUUUGGCAGCAUGAGUGAAGGAGGCUUUAUUGCGAAAUAGGAAGCCGAUUCUAGAUUUAACUUUGGAUUGGAGAUUCUUUAUGUGAGUCUGGAAGUUGAGUUUACAGUCUAACCAGACACCUAGGUAUUUGUAGUUGUCCACAUACUCUAGGUCAGACCCGUCGAGAGUGGUGAUUCUAGUCGGGUGGGCGGGUGCCAGCAGCGUUCGAUUGAAAAGCAUGCAUUUAGUUUUACUAGUGUUUAAGAGCAGUUGGAGGCUACUGAAGGAUUGUUGUAUGGCAUUGAAGCUCGUUUGGAGGUUUGUUAACACAGUGUCCAAUGAAGGGCCAGAUGUAUACAAAAUGGUGUCGUCUGCGUAGAGGUGGAUCUGAGAGUCACCAGCAGCAAGAGCGACAUCAUUGAUAUACACAGAGAAAAGUGUCGGCCCAAGAAUUGAACCCUGUGGCACCCCCAUAGAGACUGCCAUAGGUCCAGACAACAGGCCCUCCGAUUUGACACACUGAACUCUAUCUGAGAAGUAGUUGGUGAACCAGGCGAGGCAGUCAUUUGAGAAACCAAGGCUAUUUAAUCUGCCAAUAAGAAUGCGGUGGUUGACAGAGUCGAAAGCCUUGGCCAGGUCGAUGAAGACGGCUGCACAGUACUGUCUAUUAUCAAUCGCGGUUAUAAUAUCGUUUAGGACCUUGAGCGUGGCUGAAGUGCACCCGUGACCAGCUCGGAAACCGGAUUGCAUAGCGGAGAAGGUACGGUGGUAUUCGAAAUGGUUGAUGAUCUGUUUGUUAACUUGGCUUUCGAAUACUUUCGAAAGGCAGGGCAGGAUGGAUAUAGGUCUGUAGCAGUUUGGAUCUAGAGUGUCACCCCCUUUGAAGAGGGGGAUGACCGCGGCAGCUUUCCAAUCUCUGGGGAUCUCAGACGUUAUGAAAGAGAGGUUGAACAGACUAGUAAUAGGGGUUGCGACAAUUUCGGCGGCUAGUUUUAGAAAGAAAGGGUCCAGAUUGUCUAGCCCAGCUGAUUUGUAGGGGUCCAGAUUUUGCAGCGCUUUCAAAACAUCAGCUGUCUGAAUUUGUGUGAAGGAGAAGCGGGGGGGGCAUGGGCAAGUUGCAGCAGAGGGUGCAGAGUUGGUGGCCGGGUUAGUGGUAGCCAGAUGGAAAGCAUGGCCAGCUGUAGCAAAAUGCUUGUUGAAAUUCUCGAUUAUUGUAGAUUUAUCGGUGGUGAUAGUGUUUCCUAGCCUCAGUGCAGUGGGCAGCUGGGAGGAAGUGCUCUUAUUCUCCAUGGACUUUACAGUGUCCCAAAACUUUUUGGAGUUAGUGCUACAGGAUGCAAAUUUCUGUUUGAAAAAGUUAGCCUUUGCUUUCCUGACUGCUUGUGUAUAUUGGUUCCUAACUUCCCUGAAAAGUUGCAUAUCGCGGGGGCUAUUUGAUGCUAAUGCUGUACGCCACAGGAUGUUUUUGUGCUGGUCAAGGGCAGUCAAGUCUGAGGAGAACCAGGGCAGAAGCUGGUAUAUUGGCCAUUUACCACAUCCCCUCGGGCCUUAUUGCUUAAUUAACAUACUCUCUCCCCUCUCCUCCCCAGAACUGGCUACCUACCGCCAGAACUACCACUUCUCCUAUUCACUAUGGUAUAUUAAUGUGUUGAAUCUCUCUCCUCCCCAGGGCUGGCUACCUACCCCAGAAUGUGCCCCUCCAGAUAAUCUGCUACCUACCCCAGGAGAGAGAGUUCCUCCCCUGGCACGCUGCCAGCCGCUCCCUCUACCAGCUGGACAAGCUGCUCGACCGCACAGAGGACUACAGCCUCUUCAGUGUAUGUUUUAACCUCUGACCUCUAACCCUGACCUUGACCCUAAUCAAGCUGCUGGACCGCACAGAGGACUACAGCCUCUUCAGUGUACGUUUUAACCUCUGACCUCUAACCCUGACCCUGACCCUAAUCAAGCUGCUCGACCGCACAGAGGACUACAGCCACUUCAGUGUAGUUUAUAACCUCUGACCUCUAACCCUGACCCUGACCCUAACCAAGCUGCUAGACUGCACAGAGGACUACAGCCACUUCAGUGUAGUUUAUAACCUCUGACCUUUAACCCUAAUCCUAACCCUGACCAUAACCCUCCACCUACAGCCUGUUUGGUACAGCUGGUGACCUCUCAGACCCUCUCUAACGACCCCCAGCACCUUACUGUGGAUAAGGGUUCAGGAGCUUCUGCCCAGCACUAACCUUAUGAACUAGUACACCCACUGAACACCAGCACAGGUCUGGAGGUCUUGAUGUACGGGUUUUAAUGACUUUUAAAUUGUUUGUUGGUCGUGUUUAAGUGAAACCAUAAUGAGGUUUGUUAUCUAUCAAAGACAGUGCAGUCCAGUCCAUUUGUCAGUGUGAAAAUUCACACAGUUCUACUAGGCUUUAUCAUCAGUGGGUGCUCUGUCUCACUUUCCAGGGUGUCAGUGAGGGAGGGAGAGUGUCAGAGCGGGAAGGAGAGUGUCAGAGCGGGAGGGAGAGUGUUAGAAAGGGAGGGAGAGUGUCAGGGAGGGAGGAGGAGUGUCAGGGAGGGAGGGAGAGUGUCAGGGAGGGAGGGAGAGUGUCAGGGAGGGGAGGAAGAGUGUCAGGGAGGGAGGGAGAGUGUUAGAAAGGGAGGGAGGGUGUCAGGGAGGGAGGGAGAGUGCCAGAGAGGGAGGGAGAGUGUCAGGGAGGGAGGAGGUGUGUCAGGGAGGGAGGGAGAGUGUUAGAAAGGGAGGGAGAGUGUCAGGGAGGGAGGGAGAGUGUCAGGGAGGGAGGGAGAGUGGUAGCAAGGGAGGGAGAGUCUCAGGGAGUUAGGGAGAGUGUCAGGGUGGGAGGGAGAGUGUCAGGGAGGGGAGGGAGGGAGAGUGGUAGCAAGGGAGGGAGAGUCUCAGGGAGUUAGGGAGAGUGUCAGGGUGGGAGGGAGAGUGUCAGGGAGGGAGGGAGAGUGUCAGGGAGGGAGGGAAGAGUGUCAGGGAGGGGAGGGAGGAGAGUGUCAGGGAGGGAGGGAGAGUGUCAGGGAGGGAGGAGAGUGUCAGGGGGGAGGGAGAGUGUCAGGGGGGAGGAGGGAGUGUCAGGGAGGGAGGAGAGUGUCAGGGGGAGGAGAGUGUCAGAGGGGGGGAGGAGAGUGUCAGGGAGGGAGGGAGAGUGUCAGAGAGGGAGGGAGAGUGUCAGAGAGGGAGGGAGAGUGUCAGAGGAGGAGGGAGAGUGUCAGAGGGAGGGAGAGGAGAAGAGUGUCAGAGAGGGAGGAAGAUUUCAGAGAGGAGGGGAGAGUGUCGAGAGGGAGGGAGAUGUCAGAGAGGAGGGAGAGUGUCAGGGAGAGGAGGGAGGGUCAGGGUGGGAGGGAGAGUGUCAGAGAGGGGGGAGGAGAGUGUCAGGGAGGGAGGGAGAGUGUCAGGAGGGGGGAGAGUGUCAGAGAGGGAGGAAGAUUGUCAGAGAGGGAGGACGAUUGUCAGGGAGGGAGAGUGUCAGGAGGGGAGGGGGGGGAGUGGUAGGGAGGGAGGGAGAGUGUCAGGAGGGAGGACGAUUUGUCAGGGGGGAGGAGUGGUUAGGGAGGGAGGAAGAGUUUUCAGGGAGGGAGGGAGAGUGUCAGGGAGGAGAGUGUCAGAGGGGGAGAAGUUUUUUGUCAGGGAGGGAGUGUCAGGAGGAAGGGAGAUUGUCAGGGAGGGAGAAGAGUGUCAGGGGAGGGAGGAGAGUUGUCAGGGGGGAGGAAGAGGUGUCAGGGGGGGGGAAGAGUGUCAGAGAGGGAGGAAGAGGGGUCAGGGAGGGGGGGGGGAAUUUGUCGAGAGGGAGGAAGUUGUCAGAGAGGAGGAAGAUUGUCAGGGGGAGAGUGUUCAGGGAGGAGGAAAGGGUGUCAGGGAGGGAAGAGUUCAGGGAGGGAGAAGAUUGUCAAGAGGAGGAAGAUGUCGGGAGGGAGGAAGUUUGUCAGGGGAGGGAAGUGUCAGGGAGGGGGGGAGAGUUCAGGGAGGGGGAGGGAGAGUGCAGGAGAGGGGAGGGAGAGUGUCAGGGAGGGGGGGAGAGUGUCAGAGAGGGAGGGAGAGUUUCAGGGAGGGAUGGAGAGUGUCAGAGAGGGAGGGAGAGUUUCAGGGAGGGGGGGAGAGUGUCAGAGAGGGAGGGAGAGUGUCAGGGCUGUUGGUGGCCCACUCCUCUGGGACCGGUGUUCAUUUGUUCAUUUGUCUGUCCAAGCAGAUGUUGUAGAGAAUAAUGGAGGACAGAUUAUUCAUGGCCUGGCCUUCUGGCAUUCUCUAAACAGACCACCAGGUGCCUCUGCCGGGUCCAGAGAGAGAGCGCACGCACGCACGCACACACACACACACACACACACACACACACACACACACACACACACACACACACACACACACACACACACACCAGUCUGAGGAGGAGUGUUUAGUACUUAGCUGUGUGGUAUUAACCCUCAGUGUUGGCAGUGAAUGGUUCUAUACACAGAUACAGUUUGCAUUCCAAAUGGCACCCUAUUCCCUAUAUAGUGCACUACUUUUGACCAGAGUCAUAGUGGGUAGUAGUGCACGGUAAAGGGAAUAGGGUGCCAUUUGGGACACAAACCCCAGAAAGGUGAUUUACAUGGAGAACAACAGAAAAAUGAACGCUGUUACCUCCCACUAGGAUGAGGAAGGAAGAUAGUCCUCUUCAUUUAGUAGGACAGCUGUGUGUGUGUGUGUGUGUGUGUGUGUGUGUAUGUGUGUGUGUGUGUGGGUGUGUAUGUGUGUGUGUGUGUGGUGUGUGUGUGUGUGUGUGUGUGUGUGUGUGUGUGUGUGGGUGUGUGUGUGUGUGUGUGUGUGUGUGGUGUGUGUGUGUGUAUGUGUGUGUGUGUGUCUAUGUGUGUGUGUGUGUGUGGUGUGUUGUGUUGGUGUGUGUAUGUGGUGUGUGUGUGGUAGGUGUGUGUGUGUGUGUGUGUGUGUGUGUGUAUGUGUGUGUUGUGUAUGUGUGUGUGUGGUGUGUGUGUGGUGUGUGUGUGUGUGGUGUGUGUGUGUGUGUGGUGUGUGGUGUGUGUGUGUGUGUGUGUGUGUGUGUGUGUGUGUGUGUUGUGUGUGUAUGUGUGUGUGUGUGUGUUUGUGUGUGUGUGUGUGUGUGUGUUGUGUCUGUGUGUGUGUGUGUGUGUGUGUGUCUGUGUGUGUGUGUGUGUGUCUGUGUGGUGUGUGUGUGUGUUGUGUGUGUGUGUGUGUGUGUGUGUGUCUGUAUGUGUGUGGUGUGUGUGUGUGUGUGUCUGGUGUGUGUUGUGUGUGUGUGUGUGUGGUGUGUGUGUGUGUGUGUGUGUGUGUGUGUGUGUUUUGAAGUCCGCUACACCCUUAGUGUGGCAGCCAGGCUGGGCCCUAAUGUAAAUAAUGAUCUGCUUUCAAUAAGGGACCAUGAAUGAGAGACGCUACGCCUAAAUUAGCCUUGGCAUCACCCGCUGUGUGGUUCGGAGAGGCAACACAUUUACAACAUGCGUCCCAAAUGGCUUCCCCAUUCAGUUUAUAAUGCACUUCUGUUGGCCAGGGCCCAUAAGGUUCUGGUCAAAAGUAUUGUACUUUCCCAGGGAAUACAGUAGGGUGUCAUUUAGGAAACAUCCAUCAUCCUAUACAGCGCCUGGCCGUUUGAUGGUUGUUCUGCCCUCCCCCUGUUUCAUUACAAGGUGGCCAUCCUGGCCGUUUGAUGGUUGUUCUGCCCUCCCCCUGUUUCAUUACAAGGUGGCCAUCCUGGCCGUUUGAUGGUUGUUCUGCCCUCCCCCUGUUUUAUUUAAAAGGGGGCCAUCCUGGCCGUUUGUGGUUGUUCUGCCCUCCCCCUGUUUUUACAAGGUGGCCAAACUGGCCCUUUGUGGUUGUUCUGCCUCCCCUGGUUUUAUUAAAGGUGGCCCCUCCUGGCCGUUUGAUGGUGUUUGCCCUCCCCGUUUUUCAUUUUUUUUUUUUUUCCCCUGGCCGGGUUUUAUGGUUGUUUGCCCUUUCCCCCCUUUCAUACAAGGGGGCCAAACCCCCCCCCCCCCUUCCCUUUGGUUUUUUUUAUUUUGGGUUUUUUGCCCUCCCCCCGUUUUUAUUACAAAGGGGGGCCCUCCUGGCCCUUUGAUGGUUUUGGUUUUGCCCUCCCCCUUUUUUCAUUACAAGGGGGGCCCUUUCCCGGCCGUUUGAUUGGUUUUUCUGCCCCCCCGUUUUAUUUCCCAAAGGGGGCCAUCCCGGCCCCUUUGAUGGUUUUUUUGCCUCCCCCCGUUUCAAAUUUCAAGGUAGAUCAGUUGGAGGGCAACCCGGGCGUUGUCCUUUUAUAAUAAGAGUCAGCCUUUUUAUAAUGAAAUAUCAAAAACCCCAGGAAAAAAAAUGACACUGUUUUGGGCCCGAGUCCUGUUUUGGGGGAUUUCCGUGAUUUUCCAAAAUUUCCCCUGCCCCUUAAAAUAUUUUUAAAAAAUGUGUGCAAAUUUUCCCCCAAAUACUGUCUUUUUUUUUGUUUGGGUUUACUAAUAACAUCUAUCUGCUGUUUUUGUGUUGCUUCCUACUUUCUCCCCAACAGGACUACGUGCUGAAGAAGUGGCCCCCAAAGUAACCCCAAAAUGGGGUGGGGCCCUUUGGGGGCUCCAGAAAGGGUCCAUUUUGCAGGCCCCCCAGAUGAGUAUGGGAAGCAUUUCCGUCACCUUUUCACACCAAAAAAAAUGGGUUUGGGGGGGGGUGUUGUCGGGAUUUCAGGCACCUCUCACACAACGAGUGGCUGGGUUGGGAUGUUGUCGCAUACAUCCCUCUACAAAAGAUGGCCCGGGGGUUUGGGGUGUUGUGAUAAAAGUCCCCUUUAAAACCCCAAAGAGUGGCUUGGGGUUUUUUGGGGUGUUUUUCGAUACAGUCCCUCUACACAACGGUGGCUGGGUUGGGGGGUUUUUGCGGGAUACAGUACCUCCCCCCCCAAAAGAGGGCUGGGUUGGGAUUGUGAUUUCAGGGACCUCUCACCCCAAGGGGUGGCUGGGUUGGGGGGUUGUUGUAUAACAGCAACCCCUCACACAAGAGGGCUGGGGUUUGGGGUGUUUUCGUUUCCAAAAACCCCACCCCAAAAGAGUGGUGGGUUUUUGGGGGUUUUUCGUUUUACCCGUCACCUCCACACAACGAGUGGGUGGGUUGGGGGGGUUGUGUUACAGUCACCUCCACAAAAGAGGGGGGUGGGUUGGGAUGUUGCGGGAACGUCACCUCUCACACAACAGUGGCUGGGGGGGGAUGUUGUCGGCUACAGUCAAACCCUCACACAAGAAAUGGCGGGGUUGGGAUUUUUGUCGUAUUUCAGUACCCUCCAAAAAAGAGGGGGGGCUGGGUGGGGGUUGGGCUAUACAGAUCCCAAAAAAGAGUGGCUGGGUUGGGGGUUUUUUUGCAUACAGGACCUCUCACACAAAAGAGUGGUGGGUUUUGGGGGGUUUGCUACAGUCACCUCUCACACAAAAGAGGGUGGGUUGGGAUGUUUGGGCGUUUACAGUAAACCUUUUCACACAAAAAAGGGGGGUGGGGUUUGGGUUGGGUGGGUUUUGUCUUUCAGCACCUCUUUACACCCAAAGAGUGGCUGGGUUGGGUGGGUUUUCCCCUAUUACAGUUUAACCCCCACACAAAAGAGUGGGGGGUUGGGAUGUUUUCGAACAUCACCUCCCACACAAAAGAAAUGGGGGGUUUUUGGGUGUUGUGUUUUAAAAGUACCCUCAAACAACGAGUGGCCCGGGGGGUUUGGGGUGUUUGUGGAUUUUCAGUCACCUCUCACACAAAGAGGGUGGGUUGGGGGUUUUUGUCGUCUAAGUCACCUUUAAAAACGAGUGGGGUGGGGUUUGGGGUGGGUUUUUUCGGAACAGUUUAACCCUCACACAACGAAGGGGGGGGGGGUUGGGAGUUUUUGUAUACAGUUUACCUCUCAAAACAACGGUGGCCCGGGUUGGGGGUGUUGUGUAUACGGCCCUCUCACAAAAGGUGGCCCUGGGUUGGGAUGUUGUGUAUACAGCACCUCUCACAAAAGAGUGGUGGGUUGGGUGUUUUCGCAUUUUCAGUCACCUCUCACCCAAAAAGAGUGGGGUGGGUUGGGAUGUUGUCGGUAAAGUAAACCCCCAAAACAACCGGGGGGGCUUUGGGGUUGGGGUGUUGUCGUAUACAAAUCACCUCUCACCCCAGCGAGUGGCCCGGGUUGGGGGAAUUUUUUUCUUAUACGGAACCCCUUCCCCACAAAAGAGUGGCGGGUUUGGGGUGUUUUUCGUUUUUCAGGCCCCCUCUAAAACAAAAGAGUGGCCCCGGGUUGGGAUGUUGUCGUUUUCAGUCCCUUCACACAAAGAGUGGUUUGGGUUGGGGGGUUUUUUGUAUACAGUUUACCUUUUCCCAAAAAAAAGGGGGGCGGGGGGGGGAUGUUUCGUUUUUUAAGUCACCUCUCAACCCAAAGAGGGCGGGGUUUGGGGUGUUGUCGUAUUAAAAGUCACCUUCACACAACGGGGGGUGGGGUUGGGAGUUGGGCGUAUAACCCUAACCCCUAAAAAACGAGUGGCUUUUGGGUUGGGGGGGUGUUUUCGAUACAGUCCCCCUCACACAACGAGUGGCUGGGUUGGGAUGUUGUCGAUUUCAGUCCCCCUCUCCACAAAAGAGUGGCUGGGUUGGAUGUUGUCGUUACAGUAAACCCCUCACAAAACGAGGGCUGGGGUUGGGGUGUUUGUCGUAACGGGCAAACCCCCACACAAGAGUGGGUGGGUUGGGAUGUCGUGGGUACCCGUCACCUUUACACAAAGAGUGGUGGGUUGGGGGGUCGUCUAUAAAGGCAACCCCUCACAAAACAGGGGCUGGGGGGGUUUAAUGUGUGUAUAACAGUACCCCAAAAAAACGGGGGCUGGGUUGGGAUGUCGUCGUAUACAGUCACCUCUCACACAACGAGUGGCUGGGUUGGGAUGUCGUCGUAUACCCGGGCACCCCUACACCCGAGUGGGGGGUGGGAUUCGUCGUAACAGUUAAACCCCCAAAACCCCGGGGGGGGGGGGGGGAAAGUGUCGUAUUAAAAGUCACCUUUUCACACAACGAGGGGGGUUUUGGGGUUGGGGUGUCGGUUUUAAAAGUCAACCCCUCACCAACGGGGUGGGUUUGGGGGGGCGUCCCUAUAAGUCCCCCUCUAAAACAACGGUGGCUGGGUUGGGAUGCGCGUUUUACAGUCCCUCUCCCCACAACGAGUGGCUGGGUUUGGGGUGUCGUGUUACCGUCACCCCUAAAACAAAAGAGUGGGGGUUUGGGGGUCGUCGGAUACAAGUCACCCUCACACACCGAAAUGGUGGGGGGUUUGGGAUGUCGGGGAUCAGUCACCCCUAACCCCAAAGAGUGGGGGUGGGGUCGUCGUAUUUCAUUUAACCCCCACACAAAAGGAAAGGGGGGGGUUGGGAUGUCGUCGUAUUUCAGUAACCCCUCACAAAAAGAGUGGGGGGUUUGGGGGGAUGGGGGGUGGGGGGGAAAAAGUCACCUCUCCCCCACACAACGAGUGGCUGGGUUGGGAUGUCGUCGUAUACAGUCACCUCUCACACAACGAGUGGCUGGGUUGGGAUGUUGUCGUAUACAGUCACCUCUCACACAACGAAAUGGCGGGUUUUGGGGUUCGUUGUAAAACAGUCACUUUCAAAACAACGGUGGGGGUUGGGAUGUCGUCGUAUACAGUCACCUCUCACACAAGGGGGCUGGGUUUGGGAUGUGGUAUACAGUCCCCCUCACCCCAAGAGUGGCUGGGUUGGGCUGUGUCGAUACCGUCACCUCUCACACAAGGUGGCUGGGGGGGUGUUUAAGGGGUUCCUUUCCCCUUUUCCCCAACAUGGCUGGGGGUUUUCUAUUUAAAUCCCUCCCCCCCCAAAACCCCCCCCCUUAUUUUCUUUUACAGUUUUUCCCCUUUUCCCCCCCACCAAACCGAGUUGGGGUGGGUGGGCGGGGGGGGAGCGGCAAAAAGCCACAAAAAAGAGGGGCGGGGGGGGGGGUGUUGGUUUUAAAAGGCACCCUCAAAAAACGAGGGCGGGGGGGGAGGGUGGGAGGACAGGCACCACAAAAACCCCAGGGCGGGGUUUUGGGGGCGGAACAGGCCCCGGUCCCCCCCGGGGUGGGGGGGGGGAAGGCGGACGGCCCGGGGUCCCCAAAAGGCCGGAAAAAAGGGGGCCGGCCCCGGGGGGGGGCAGGAAAGGGGAGGAAGGAAAACCCCCAAAGGGAAAGGGGAACCCGGGGGGAAGGGGAAGGAAGGAAAGGGAAAGGGAAAGGGAAAGGGGGAAGGAGGGAAGGAAGGAGGAAGGAAGGGGGGGAAGGAGAGGAAGGAAGGAAGGAGGAAGCGAAGGAAGGAAGGAAGGAAGGAAGGAAGGAAGGAAGGGAAGGAAGGAAGGAGGAAGAGAAGGAGAAGGAAGGAAGGAAGGAAGGAAGGAAGGAAGGAAGAAAAGAGAAGAAGAAGAACAAGGAAGGAAGGAAGGGAAGGAAGGAAGGAAAGGAAGGAAGGAAGGAAGGAAGGGAAGGAAGAAGAAGGAAGGAAGGAAGGAAGGAAGGAAGGAAGGAAGGAAGGAAGGAAGGAAGGAAGAGGAAGGAAAAGAAAGACAAGAACCAGAAAGAAGAAAGAAAGACAGAACGACAAUGAAGGACCUUCCACGACUUCAUUCCUUCCUUCCUGUCCUUCCUUCCUUCCUUCCUUCCUUCCUUCCUCCCUUCCUUCCUUGCUCCUUCCCUCCCUCCCUCCCUCCCUCUUUCUCAUCGACAGAGAGCUGCAGAGAGAGGUGAUCAUGCUGGCAUGUAGUUUCGGGAACAAGCACUGUCACCGCCAAGCCGUGUCACUCAUCUCUGAUUGGAUCUCCAGCAACAAGAACAGGUGCAGUAGAUCCUAAAUGGAACCCUGUGGUUCUGGCUUAAAGUAGGUCCCUACUGCAUAGGGAGUAGGGUUCAGAUUGGUCCGGAGAGACAGAGAGCAGGCCUCAUGCUGGACCCACAGUGGACCACAUGUUGGCCUUAUAUAUACUGUACUUGGUAGGAAGACACUGGUCUGAAAGCUCCUUAUCUUUAGGGAGAUUUCCACCUACUGUGUGGACCACGAGGGAACACAAUGUUUAGUCUAGUUUAAAGGUCAUUUUCUUGUUAGAGAGAAGUCACUAAACGCCACUGGAUGAGAUAGUGGAAGCUUACAUGUAUUAUCCUCCCCUAUUUCCAACAAGACACCUCUCCUCUUCAGAUGGCUCCAGGCAGCCCUCCUCCUCUCGUCCUCUAAAAGAAGCUUACAGUCGGAGUCACUUUCAUAGCUCCUUUUUACAGAGCAGAAUCUCACAUUGUUGAAUCCCAGUGGGCAUGACAUGUAUUUGAGUCCUGAUCAAUAGGGCACGUUGGACAACCUUGACAAUAUCGAAUGUUUCAAAUGCCAAAUGUCCAUGGAAACAGAAUCUAUCCCUUGUCUAAUCCCUCCACCUUUUGCUCUCGGCAACACAAACAACAAAAUCCACAAUCCACAACAAUGGCUCCCACCUCUACAUGGACAUGGGGAUGACAAUAAUCUCUUCAUCUCCGCUAUGAGGCAAAGACCCCUCAUUCUUCCCUACAUGCCCUCUCUCCCUUCAGGAAGACUGUCUAAUGAUCCAGGGUCUGACUGGCUCUCUGUCUCCCUUCAGGAAGACUGUCUAAUGAUCCAGGGUCUAAUUGGCUCUCUGUGUCUCCCUUCAGGAAGACUGUCUAAUGAUCCAGGGUCUGAUUGGCUUUCCGUUUUUCCCUUCAGGAAGACUGUCUAAUGAUCCAGGGUCUGAUUGGCUCUCCGUUUUUCCCUUCAGGAAGACUGUCUAAUGAUCCAGGAUCUGAUUGGCUCUCUGUCUCCCUUCAGGAAGACUGUCUAAUGAUCCAGGGUCUGAUUGGCUCUCCGUUUUUCCCUUCAGGAAGACUGUCUAAUGAUCCAGGGUCUGAUUGGCUCUCUGUUUUUCCCUUCAGGAAGACUGUCUAAUGAAUAGAGGAGACUAGAGGACAAUAUAUGGUCCCUUGUAGCUCAGUUGGUAGAGCAUGGUGCUUGCAACGCCAGGGUUGUGGGUUCGAUUCCCAAGGGGGACCAGUAUGAAAGAAAAUGUAUGCACUCACUAACUGUAAGUCGCUCUGGAUAAGAGUGUCUGCUAAAAUGAAAAAACAAACAAAAUAUGACAAUAGAGGAGACUAGAGGAGAAUAAUAAUCCUGUCUGUUUUAGUACUGUUUGGAUCAGGGUUGAUCCUGGCUCUUUUAGUACUGUUUGGAUCAGGGUUGAUCCUGGCUGUUUUAGUACUGUUUGGAUCAGGGUUGAUCCUGGCUGUUUUAGUGCUCUAUGGAUCAGGGUUGAUCCUGACAGUGGAAGGGGAGGGGAGGAACAUCCUACUCAAGGAUGAAACAGUGUGAAACUAUCCUAAAUAUAUUCACGUCACCAAAUAACUGAUUAAAACACACUGUUUUGCAAUGAAGGUCUACAGUAGCCUCAACAGCACUCUGUAGGGUAUCAUCAUGGUGUAGCCAGAGGACAGCUAGCUUUUGUCCUCCUCUUGGUACCUUGACUUCAAUACAAAACCUAGGAGGCUCAUGGUUCUCACCCCCUUCCAUAGACUUGCACAGUAAUUAUGAGAACUUCCGGAGGACGUCCUCCAACCUAUCAGAGCUCUAACAGCAUGAACUGACAUGUUAUCCACCCAAUCAAAGGAUCAGAGAAUUAAUCUAGAACUGAAAGCAUAAUCUACAGCUAGCUAGCACUGCAGUGCAUAAAAUGUGGUGAGUAAUUGACUCAAAGAGAGAGAAAGACAAUAGUUAAACAGUUUUUAACUAAUUUGUUUCUUCAAAAAUGAAGGAGAAGCAGCAGAGAAAGAAAGAGAGAGAGAGAGCUAGCUAUAUUUUGUUGUAUUUUUAAAACUUUCUCUUACUUAGCUAGCUAAUGCAGUUAGCUAAUUUAGCCUACUCAAACAACCGGCUCAAACAGAGAGGAAUGCUAAUUAUGUAAGCUAGCUGGCUAAUACUAUAGCUGGUUCUUAGUAGUCUCUCCCUCAGGAGUGGAGCACCGUGGUUUCACCUCAGAGUCCCUCAGGAGUGGAGCACCGUGGUUUCACCUCAGAGUCCUUGACAUGCUCUCUAGAUCUUAACCUACCCCUUUAAUCUGACUUGGCCCACACAGACUAAUACAGAAUGAACUAAGAUGGGACAUAAUGAAGGUAAUGUAUCUGCGUCUGUCCAUUGAUUUCAGCAGUACUGCACUACACACUGUACAUGUAUACUGUACGCAUGUCAGUGAGUUGAAAACACAAUAUAUUCUAUUCUUUGGUGAGAUGGACCAUGGGGCGGCAGGUAGCCUAGUGCUUAAGAGCGUUGGGCCAGUAACCGAAAGGUCACUGGUUUGAAUCCCUGAGCUGACUGGGUUGAAAAUCUGUCGAUGUGCCCUUGAGCAAGGCACUUCAUCCUAAUUGCUCCUGUAAGUCGCUCUGGAUAAGAGUUUCUGCUAAAUGUCUAAAACGGUUUAAAAAAAACAACACACACACAUAUAUAUAUAUAUAUAUACAGUAUGGACUAUACAGUAAAAACCCAUACUGCUUGCUUUAUAGUACCACUAUAAGGGUUAUUGCCAAGCCUGUCUCAGUGUCUAGGAGAAUUGGCCUGUGUUGACUUCUAACAUGGCGGUAAUAGGUUGGAACCAGACUACUUUUAUCUAUCUAUAGGCCCCUUAGCCUCUAAUACAGUACUUUAAAGCUCCAUGCUACAUCCUAAAUAGCACCUUAUUCCCUUUAUAGUGCACUACGUUUGACCAGGGCUCAUAGAGGAAUAGGGUGCCAUUUGGUAUGCAGUAAAACCCCACUGCCCUCGCCACAUGGCUUUAUGAUCAAGGUGGUAAUGUGUAACGGCUGAGCUCAGCAGCGUUAAUGUGGAACGCUCAUUCCUGGUGUGACCCAGCUCUUCCUGUAUCAUCCUUACACUAUCUCCAUCUUUAAAGAGGAGAGAAAGAGAGAGAGAGAGAGAGAAAGAGGGAGAGAGAAAGAGAGAGAGAGAGUGAGAAAGAAAGAGAGACAGACAGACAGACAGACAGACAGAGAGAGAGAGAUACACAGAGUGAGAGAGACAGACAGAAUUCUGCUAAAAUAUCCUCUGUGUACAACGUAAAACACCAAAUAAUGCAUGCAGAGCAUAAUUAGGCCAGUACCCGCUAAUUAUUAAAAUCCUGAAAAGAGCCGUUAAAUUCUACGACGACCUAAAAGGAAGCUAUUCCCAAACCUUCCAUAACAAAGCCAUCACCUACAGAGAGAUGAACUUGGAGAAGAGUCUCCUAAGCAAGCUGGUCCUGGGGCUCUGUUCACAAACACAAACAGACCCCACAGAACCCCAGGAUACCUGACCACUGUGACUGACCCAAAUUUAAGGAAAGCUUUGACUAUGUACAGACUCAGUGACCAUAGCCUUGCUAUUGAGAAAGGCCGCCGUAGGCAGACCUGGCUCUCAAGAGAAGACAGGCUAUGUGCACACUGCCCACUAAAUGAGGUGGAAACUGAGCUGCACUUCCUAACCUCCUGCCAAAUGUAUGACCAUAUUAGAGACACAUAUUUCCCUCAGAUUACACAGACCCACAAAGAAUUCCAAAACAAACCCAAUUUUGAUAAACUCCCAUAUCUAUUGGGUGAAAUAACACAGUGUGCCAUCAUAGCCGAAAGAUUUGUGACCUGUUGCCACAAGAAAAGGGCAACCAGUGAAGAACAAACACCAUUGUAAAUACAACCCAUAUUUAUGUUUAUUUAUUUCCCAUUUUUUACUUUAACUAUUUGCACAUCAUUACAACACUGUAUAUAGACAUAAUAUGACAUUUGAAAUGUCUUUAUUCUUUUGGAACUUCUGAGUGUAAUGUUUACUGUUAAUUUUUAUUGUUUAUUUCACUUUUGUUUAAUAUCUACUUCACUUGCUUUGGCAAUGUCAACACACGUUUCCCAUGCCAAUAAAGCCCUUAAAUUGAAUUUAAAUUGAACUGAAUUGAGAGAGACAGCGAGAGAGAGAGAGAGAGAGAGAGAGAGAGAGGAGAGAGAGAGAGAGAGGAGAGAGAGAGGAGAGAGAGGAGAGGAGAGAGAGGAGAGAGAGAGAGAGAGAGAGAGAGAGAGAGAGUCACCUUGAGAUUAACUUUAACUGUAAAAACACUGAAACUUGGUUUCCUAAAGUGUAACCUGCAGUGACUGAACCUACGGUAGCAGGGAGAGCUGCCAGUAGAGCUGGUGAUCUGAUGGCCUGCUCUCUCUGUCUCUGUAAUACUGUCAUUACAGAGACACCAUAAUCCUUCAUUUAAGAGUCUGAAUGAAAGACUGAAUUUGAAUAUUAGGGAACAUCGUGGCCUAGAAAGUUGAUCAUUUUUUAGUCAUCAUUGUGAGAGACUGCAAGGAGGGAGCAGUAUUAUGUGUCUUCAGUCAUCAUGUCGAUCUCAGUCUCUAUCUAUCUCUAUCUAUCUAUGACCACACACUGGCUAUAUUAAUGAUAAUUCAGGAUUUUUCCACAAGCUGCAUUUUUCCACAAGAUUGCGUUGGGAAACUAUCCUAGAGUUUUGACUCCCGAGGCUCUCCCAAACCCCCUGUGUGGCAUGGACCCAGUCAGCAGAAGUGUUUUGCUCAGUAAGGCCUUGCUAUAGUAAACUUUUCUCCAAAGCCUUGAUUCCUCCAGAGAGCCCAAAUGUCACGCUCUCUAUCUAUUGUAGAAAUAUAGUGCAUGAAAAGCCCAACCUCAUCCCAUGACACGUCAUUAUGGAUUUUCAGUUGUUUUUACUUCAGCCUGAGCAACAGCUUCAAUCCCCCAGUCCAGCAGCUAUAAUGGGAACCACAUCGUAGGAAUUCUGGGUUGGACAAGAUCGUUAGGACCGUGAAGUCAAUCGUGGUGAAUGACCUGUCUGCUCUGUAUGACUUCAUUUUCACUAUCGCUGUACAGAAUAAUAAUAAUAAUAUGCCAUUUAGCAGACGCUUUUAUCCAAAGCGACUUACAGUCAUGCGUGCAUACAUUUGUGUGUAUGGGUGGUCCCAGGGAUCGAACCCACUACCCUGGCGUUACAAGCGCCGUGCUCUACCAGCUGAGCUACAGAGGACCACAGAAUCACAGGGAGCGGGCCUGUGAAUGUAACGUUUUCAACAAACAACCUCGUAACACUUCGACUAAAACAUGCGGUCACCCCAAGAGGUUUAAGAUGUUAUAGGAUGGAGAUAAUCAUUGACAGUCAGGAUUCUGACAACCUUAUGGUUAAAGCGUGGCGACCAUGCAAUGUCAUAUUAGUUCUGGGUACAUUGAGCUGAGACAAACACAUUGGUUUGACAUGCCGAUGCGUUUUCAUAAAUGGAGCAUCUCAAACGAUUUAUCGGUCGAAAACAAACGUAAUUGUGCCUGGCUCAACUCACAACACCCCAGGACAUUUUAACAUUGGCAUCACCGUUGACGCAACACAGUCAACUUCUAAAUGCGUUCAUUUUGUUUUUUUACAAUGUGAGUGAACUAGUUUCUAUGUUCACAGACACAUUAUGGAGAUGGAGCAUGUUAUCCCAUUGUUAAAAAGCAGGCCAUCUCUCUAGUGUAGUUUAGCACAUUAUUGAUAUGUGAACUGUAUAAACAACUGGUGGGUAAAAAAUGUAAGGAAAAUAACUCCACAAACAAGGGCUCUGUUUACACAACACUGUUAGAUAUUCAAUCUCUUUAACUUCUCUGAGGAUUCUGGUCCACUUGGUAUUGGUUUGCUAACCUUUGUUUAAUCAGGUUAAAAACUAUUACACGAGGGAGACCUGAAAAGAAGCCAACUGACACAUACAGCAGGAAAUACUAAAUACUAAUGUUAUUGUAGUAGUUUAAAGGAUAAUACAAAUUGGUAACGUAAUUGGUUGGUGCGUGUGCCUUUGUGUUUGUGCGUGCUUGCAUGCGUGUCUGCAUCCCGUGCGUGUGGUGUGUGUGUGUGCGUGUGGUGUGUGUGUGUGCGUGUGGUGUGUGUGUGUGUGUGGUGUGUGUGUGUGUGUGUGGUGUGGUGUGUGUGUGUGCGUGUGGUGUGUGUGUGUGGUGUGGUGUGUGUGUGUGUGGUGUGGUGUGUGUGUGCGUGUGGUGUGUGUGUGUGUGUGUGUGGUGUGUGUGUGCGUGUGGUGUGGUGUGUGUGUGUGUGCGUGUGGUGUGUGUGCGUGUGGUGUGGUGUGUGUGUGUGUGUGCGUGUGGUGUGUGUUGGUGUUUGUGGUGUGUGUAUCCCUCCCUGCAGGAUCCCUCCCAACGUGCGUGACAUAGUGUACUGUACAGGAGUGUCUCUGAUGGAUGAGGACGUGUGGGAGUUUAUCUGGAUGAAGUUCCACUCCACCACAGCAAUCUCAGAGAAGAAGGUUCUCCUGGAGGCUCUCACCUGCAGCGACAAUGGCUUCCUGCUCAACCGGUGAGUCAUUGGAACUUCCUGCUCAACCGGUGAGUCAACCACUCACUAUAAUAGAACAUAACUUUAUUGAUCCCUCACAGGGAAAAAUAACUUUAUUGUUUUCUCUCAGGGAACAUUCACAACAGCUUUGUGCUCACUACAAUAUCUCAUACAAAUGUGGGAUCUUAAUUUGAGCCAGUUUGCUACACCUGGAAAAUAAUCCUGCAGCAACAGGAAAUGUGGAUUAUUAUAUUGAUUAUAAUUAAUGGGCAUUUUUGUCUGGGGUUGAUACAUUUUUCGUAAAGGGAAAAUCAAGUUGGAAAUUACAAACUUCAGAAGCCUUUUUAAACCUCAAAUACACAACAUGUGGGAAAAGUCAAGGGGUGUCUAUGAAUAUCCCUCAAUACAGCUACAGAUGUUGUGUUACACAGUGGGAUUCAAGUGUAUUUAAUUGUCAUUUUUGGUCAACGAUCUACACAAAAUCCUCGGUAAUGUCAAAGUGGAAGAAAAAAUGACACUUUAUUUUUUAUUUUUUAUGGAAAAUAAAACCCUUGAACUUUAAUACAGGUUAACACUGGGGACUAGAAUACUGGACUGUAGGCCUUGACCUUUAAUACAGGUUAACACUGGGGAUUAGAAUACUGUACUGUAGACCUUUAAUACAGGUUAACACUGGGGACUAGAAUACUGGACUGUAGGCCUUGACCUUUAAUACAGGUUAACACUGGGGACUAGAAUACUGUAUUGUAGGCCUUGACCUUUAAUACAGGUUAACACUGGGGAUUAGAAUACUGUACUGUAGACCUUCAAUACAGGUUAACACUGGGGACUAGAAUACUGUACUGUAGGCCUUGACCUUUAAUUCAGGUUAAAACUGGGGACUAGAAUACUGGACUGUAGGCCUUGACCCUUACAGGUUAACACUGGGGAUUAGAAUUCUGUACUGUAGGCCAUGACCUUUAAUACAGGUUAACACUGGGGACUAGAAUACUGAAAUUUAGGCCUUGACUUUCCAGAUUAAAGACCUCACCACGAAGACUCACCAAGCUAGUUACAGUGUGAGAUGUAGAAGGACAUUUAUGAUUUGAAGCGAGUCAAUCUGAAACAUACAUAAGUCUUGCUUUGCUCACCCAGUGCUCUGUCCACACUAGCAUAGCACUUCAGAAUCAAUGGAUUGGGCAUUCAAAGUGGUAUGCUAGUACGGACAUCACAACAUAUCAUAUUGGCACCUAGGUUUGAACAAGGCCCUCUCACACACAGUCCAACCCUCUAGUGUCCCCUAUAGGGGCCUGGGGGGCCAGCUGGAUGGUCACCAGAGAGGGGAUUGCGGUAAGCGUGACAUAUGGAUUUUCAGGAAGCAGGGUAGUUAGUAUGUAAAGUGGUUGUCAGGAAGAUGAGAGCAUAAUUCAGGGUUUAUGAUCCCUGCAAGUCUCAGUGAUCAAUCACUAAUCUAUCAGAAAUAAUCAAAAUGAUCGCCUGCCACAUGACAACAAUCAUAAAUCUGAUCAUAGGAAUGAUCCCGGCUGUCAAAUAACAGCUAUUAUCCGUGGGUUUAAAAACAUUUUUAUUAAACGUGUCUCUCUCAGUAUCUGUUUCUGCCCCCCUCUUGCCUGGCAGCUUGUGUCAUGUGGGACUAAUGAAGAUGCCUGGAGAGAAAACAGCAAUAGAACAGUGAUAAUACCCAGAAUCCUCAUUAGAAUAACUGUGUGUUUUUUGGAGAGGAGAGCCAACGAGGGGCAUUAGUUCACAGGCUGUGGAACAGAGAGUAGAGAAUCUAGAUGCAUCGUGCCAGACAGGCCAGGGAGACAGGAGGCAGGAGACACACCAACGAGCUCUGCAGCUAAUUAGAAUGAGUCACUGUCCUGGGGGAGGGCAUUGGCAUGGCUGGGGGAGUUAGGGGAGUGGGGAGCUUUUGCCAAGGCACACCCCUCACCCCUCUCCUAAUGUAUGUCAAGGCAGAAUAAAAUGCAAAAGAUGCCACACACAUGCCAAUAAAACGCCAAGGCACUCCCCUCACCCCGUCGCCAGUGUGUGUGUGUGUGUGUGUGUGUGUGUGUUUAUGUGUGUGCGUGCAUGUACGUGUGUGUGUUUGUGUGUGUGCGUGCGUGCAUGUACGUGCGCGUGUGUGUGUGUGUGUGUGUGUGUGUGUGGCACUUGCCAAGGCCCCCUGUCAUUGUGUGCCAGGCAGGCAGAAUAAAAAGCAGAGCAUGUGUAGCAGCUGUGAUCCUGUCCCACUGAGACCUGGGGAAAUAAUGUCUCUGUCACGCACCACAGGACCAGAGAGAAGCUACCUACCAGAGGAUGAAGCUGCUGGAGCUCUGGGGCUUAAUUGAACGGAGUCAAUCAUUUACUUUACAAUGUACAGAGGCUGCGUCACAAAUGGCACCCUAUUCCCUAGUUAGUAGAAGCAGGAAUGUAAGUCUCUCUCAGAAUCAAUGAGUUAAGGCUUUAAGGCACACUUGGAAUUUCACACCGCAUGCAAUACUGCAGGUUGAAAAUAAAACCGCCGCUGUCCGUGAUUAGAUCAGUGUGUGUGUGUGUGUGUGUGUGUGUGUGUGUGUGUGUGUGUGUGUGUGUGUGUGUGUGCUUGUGCCCGUGUGUGUGUGUGUGUGUGCUUGUGCCCGUGUGUGUGUGUGUGUGUGUGUGUGUGUGUGCUUGUGCCCGUGUAAGUGUGUGUGUGUGUGUGUGUGUGUGUGUGUGUGUGUGUGUGUGUGUGUGUGUGUGUGCUUGUGCCCGUGUGUGUCCGCCAUAUAUGUGUGUGUGUGUCUGUGCCUGUUGGCGUGUGUGUAGGGGGUUAUCUUAGGCACAUACGUGAUACUCCAUCUACAGACAAGAAAACUAGACAGGAUGGACAAGAUACACCUUCCAGCACCCCGCUCAGCUCUGGGGCUCUGGGGCUGGAAUAGAUGGGGCCCUGCAUUUAGUAUUGAUUUCUGUCUCCUCUGCACCCUUGGACUAAAUUGUAUCCCUCACCUCAAUGUUUUUAUUAAUGCGUGUUGUGAUCUCAGCGCCAGAUAAACCCUGCCUCCCCUGAUACGCCACGUUCAGCCUGCUCUAAUAAUGAGGUCAUCUCAUCACAGCUCCGGUGGCGACCUUUUUAACACUCCCAGAAGACACAAGGGCGUAAUAAUUUCCUGUGUGUGGGGGGCCAUUUUUAUUUUCUGAAGUCCAACCGGUUGGUCGGUUUGGUCGGUCGGAAGGGAAAUAGGUUGUGGUGUAGUGGUGUGUGAGCUGCUGGGGGGUUUGGGGAUGGUGUUGCUGAAAAUCAGUGUUUAGAAACGUAGGCGUUAGAACAGGGAAAUGUGUUCCAUCUCCACAGGGGGUGUUGUGUGUUGUGUGUCAUUCACUCAUAAUAGCUGUGAGAUCAGGAAACAGAGUAGAACGAUAACUGUCCUCAACGGCUGACCAGGAGGAUACAGGAGUCCCAUCUCCCAAACGGCUGACCAGGAGGAUACAGGAGUCCCAUCUCCCAAACGGCUGACCAGGAGGAUCCAGGAGUCCCAUCUCCCAAACGGAUGACCAGGAGGAUACAGGAGUCCCAUCUCCCAAACGGCUGACCAGGAGGAUACAGGAGUCCCAUCUCCCAAACGGCUGACCAGGAGGAUACAGGAGUCCCAUCUCCCAAACGGCUGACCAGGAGGAUACAGGAGUCCCAUCUCCCAAAUGGCUGUAAAAGCGGAUGAAAGCGGGAACUGAUAACUGACUAAAUUGUAUGCACUCGCUACUGUAAGUGGCUCUGGAUAAGAGCGUCUGCUAAAUGACUAAAAUGUAAAUGUAGGAUGAUGACUGAGCAUCCGCUGUGAGUGUGAAUCACAACAAUUAAGAGUAGAAUACAGAUCCCUUAUCAAGAGACGUCAAAACAAGGUGUAUUCUACACUGAAUACAUAUCAAGGGACGUCAAAACGAGGUGUAUUCUACACUGAAUACAUAUCAAGGGACGUCAAAACGAGGUGUAUUCUACACUGAAUACAUAUCAAGAGAUGUCAAAACAAGGUGUAUUCUACACUGAAUACAUAUCAAGGGACGUCAAAACGAGGUGUAUUCUACACUGAAUACAUAUCAAGAGAUGUCAAAACAAGGUGUAUUCUACACUGAAUACAUAUCAAGAGAUGUCAAAACGAGGUGUAUUCUACACUGAAUACAUAUCAAGAGAUGUCAAAACGAGGUGUAUUCUGCACUGAAUACAUAUCAAGAGAUGUCAAAACAAGGUGUAUUCUACAUUGAAUACAUAUCAAGAGAUGUCAAAACAAGGUGUAUUCUACACUGAAUACAUAUCAAGAGAUGUCAAAACAAGGUCUAUUCUACAUUGAAUACAUAUCAAGAGAUGUCAAAACGAGGUGUAUUCUACACUGAAUACAUAUCAAGAGAUGUCAAAACGAGGUGUAUUCUGCAUUACAUUUUAGUCAUUUAGCAGACGCUCUUAUCUAGAGCGACUUACAGUUAGUGAAUACAUUUUUUUUUUAUACUGGCCCCCCGUGGGAAUCAAACCCACAACCCUGGCGUUGCAAACACCAUGCUCUAUCAACUGAGCUACAUCCCUGCCGGCCAUUCCCUCCCCUACCCUGGGCCAAUUGUGCGCCGCCCAUGAGUCUCCUGGCCGCGGCCGGUUGCGACAGAGCCUGGAUUCGAACCAGGAUCUUUAGUGGCACAGUUAGCACUGCGAUAGACCACUGCGCCACUCAGGAGUAUUCUACACUGAAUUACAUUUUACAUUUUUACAUUUUAGUCAUUUAGCAGACGCUCUUAUCCAGAGCGACUUACAGUUAGUGAAUACAUAUAUAUAUAUUUUUUUUUUUCUUCAUACUGGUCCCCCAUGGGAAUCGAACCCACAACCCUGGCGUUGCAAACGCCAUGCUCUAUCAACUGAGCUACAUCCCUGCCGGCCAUUCCCUCCCCUACCCUGGACAACGCUAGGCCAAUUGUGCGCUGUCCAUGAGUCUCCCGGUCACGGCCAGCUGCGACAGAGCCUGGAUUCAAACCAGGAUCUCUAGUGGCACAGCUAGCACUGCGAUGCAGUGCCUUAGACCACUGCGCCACUCAGGAGACUAAAGUAAUCUGACUUUUUCUGAAUACAUUGCUAUUUGCUGUGUGUAUUCAUUCUUAGGAGUUAUCUGGUCACUGAGCAUUAGCUUGAUUAAAACUGAAGACUGGAGCGCUCAAAUACAGUAUGUUGAGUGCUUGAAUACUGAGGCAACGCUCUUCCUCUUAACAAAUGUCUUGGUGUUUUUAGAAAUCCGUUGCACAGCCCCAUUUUGGUUGAGGUAUAAACUUAAUCAACAUAUCAGUUCAAGAACACAGUGUAAUGGUGAAGAGAGACAGGAGAUAGUUCAGAACAAAAGACGUGUGGGUUCCUGGAGACCACGGUGCUGCAGUUAGCCUCCCUGCAUGCAACUGCAAAUUGGAAACGUAUAUACCGUGGCGGUGUCUUUUUCUGUAAUAUCAUUGUUGUUGCCUGCUUGACAUUUUAAUCUCGUUUGCAUUACCGGCUAUAUCUACAUUUGUUAUGGUCUCAUCAGAUUCAUACUUUCUGAGGCUGCUGAUACAUGGUAUUAAAACUGUAUUUUGGUCAUUGGAUUUCAACGUUCUCCUCCAGACUGAGUCAGCCUUAAUGCGUUUCCAUUUCAACGUUCUCCCCCGGACUGAGUCAGCCUUAAUGUGUUUCUUUAUUUCCUAGUUUAAUAGUAGAAGUGGUUCACUUGACUUCACAGAGGCACCUCAGCCGGGCCGGGACUCUUGUUUUCACCCUGGAUGUUGAUACUGAUGAUGAAAGCUCUAUUGCCCCAAUGUGUCUAUUGUGACUGCUGGAAUGAAAUACAUCAUCUAUGUUAUACAUUCACUGCCAGAAGACAUUAUCAGUCAGAUUUCUCCUGGACUACAGCACCCAAAGACUUUAUCAGUCAGAUUACUCCUGGACUACAGCACCCAAAGACUUUAUCAGCCAGAUUACUGCUGGACUACAGCACCAAAGACUUUAUCAGUCAGAUUAUCUGCUGCGACUAACAGCACCAAAGACUUUAUCAGUCAGAUUACUGCUGGACUACAGAACCCAAAGACUUUAUCAAGUCAGAUUACUGCUGGACUACAGCACCCAAGACUUUGAUCAGUCAGAUUACUGCUGGACUACAGCACCCACAGACUUUAUCAGUCAGAUUUACUCCUGGGACUACAAGCAACCCAAAGACUUUAUCCCCCAGUCAGAUUUACUGCUGGACUACCCGCACCACAAAGACCGUUAUCAGUCAGAGUUACUGCUGGACUACAGCACCCAAAGACUUUUAUCAGUCAGAAGUACUGCGGACUACAGCAACACAAAGACUUAUCAGUCAGAUUAAUGCUGGACUACAGCACCCCAAGAACGGUCCAAUUAAUCAGUCAGGAUUUACUGCUGGACUACAGCACCCAAAGACUUUAUCAGUCAGAUUACUGCUGGACUACAGGCACCCAAAGACUUUCUCAGUCAGAUUAUACUGCUGGAACUACCGCACCCAAAGGACGUUAUCAGUUCAGAUUAACUGCUGACUACCGCACCCAAAGACCUUAUCAGUCCCGAUUACUGCUGGACUACAGCACCAAAGGACUUUAUCAGUCAGAUUACUCCUGGACUACAGCCACCCAAAGACUUUAUCAGUCAGAUUACUGCUGGGCACCCAAACUUUAUCAGUCAGAUUACUGCGGCGACUACAGCACCCAAAGGACUUUAUCAGUCAGAUUACUGCUGGACUACCAGCACCCAAAGACGUUAUCAGUCAGAUUCUGCUGUGACUACAGCACCCAAAGACUUUAUCAGUCAGAUUACUCCUGGACUACAGCACCCAAAGACUUUAUCAGUCAGAUUACUGCUGGACUACAGCACCCAAAGCCUUUAUCAGUCAGAUUACUGCUGGACUACAGCACCCAAAGACUUUAUCAGUCAGAUUACUGCUGGACUACAGCACCCAAAGACUUUAUCAGUCAGAUUACUGCUGGACUACAGCACCCAAAGACUUUAUCAGUCAGAUUACUGCUGGACUACAGCACCCAAAGACUUAUCAGUCAGAUUACUGCUGGACUACAGCACCCAAAGACUUUAUCAGUCAGAUUACUGCUGGACUACAGCACCCAAAGACUUUAUCAGUCAGAUUACUGCUGGACUACAGCACCCAAAGACUUUAUCAGUCAGAUUACUGCUGGACUACAGCACCCAAAGACUUUAUCAGUCAGAUUACUCCUGGACUACAGCACCCAAAGACUUUAUCAGUCAGAUUACUGCUGGACUACAGCACCCAAAGCCUUUAUCAGUCAGAUUACUGCUGGACUACAGCACCCAAAGACUUUAUCAGUCAGAUUACUCCUGGACUACAGCACCCAAAGACUUUAUCAGUCAGAUUACUGCUGGACUACAGCACCCAAAGACUUUAUCAGUCAGAUUACUGCUGGACUACAGCACCCAAAGACUUUAUCAGUCAGAUUACUCCUGGACUACAGCACCCAAGACUUUAUCAGUCAGAUUACUGCUGGACUACAGCACCCAAAGCCUUUAUCAGUCAGAUUACUGCUGGACUACAGCACCCAAAGACUUUAUCAGUCAGAUUACUGCUGGACUACAGCACCCAAAGACUUUAUCAGUCAGAUUACUGCUGGACUACAGCACCCAAAGACUUUAUCAGUCAGAUUUACUGCUGGACUACAGCACCCAAAAACUUUAUCAGUCAGAUUACUGCUGGACUACAGCACCCAAAGACUUUAUCAGUCAGAUUACUGCUGGACUACAGCACCCAAAUACUUUAUCAGUCAGAUUACUGCUGGACUACAGCACCCAAAGACUACUUCAAACUUCUGAAUUUAUUAAGAGUUGAGCAUGUCUUAUUGUGCUUUUUGCACUCACACCGGUUGUACCUUUGUAAGGAUGAUUCCCUAAAUAAAUAGUUCGCUGUAUGAGGACGAUCCUGUACACUCUUUUAGACACAGUUCUUCUUCUUCUUCUUCUUCUUCUUCUUCUUCUUCUUCUUCUUCUUCUUCUUCUUCCUCCUCCUCCUCCUCCAGGCUGCUGAAUCUAUCUCUGAGCUCAGAUUUGGUCCCAGAUCAAGAUGUCAUCGAUGUCAUUAUUCACGUGGGACGGAACCCGCAUGGAAGACACUUAGCCUGGAGGUACUUCAGGGAGAAGUGGGACAUCUUGAAUUCACGGUAAGUGAUUCAAUUCCUCAGAGACUGUUAUGAUGAGUUUCUAGGUUAUCAAAGUGAUUACGAAUGUAAGGAUGUACUUAGACACUUUUGAUGGGGAGUUCAUAUAAGAUAUUUUAAUAUGGUACCAUGGUUAGUUAUAACAGAAUAGGGACAUGGCCCUGCCUCUCCCAACUUCCUAACUCCAGAACAAAGAUCCACUCUCUCUACAUAUACACUCUGUUACAAGUCUCUCCACGAACAUCUGGUAAUCCUCAUGGGCACUCCUAUUCUUUGAAGUUAUGACUCUUUACCCCAAGUCAGUAUAUCCUGUCCAUCAAUUAUUCUAAGAUCAACCUCAGUAAUCUCCUUUGAACAUAACGGAAUGUAGACUCCGUGGCCCCCAUUGCCAAUUAUCUAGUGACUCCAACCCGGUCCCCACGAUACUAUGAUAUGACAUCAUAACACUAUAAAAAAAACUCAUAUCAGAGACUGUAAUAUGUGUGACUUGUGUACUAACGUUCCUGUGUUUUCCAAGGACAGUACCGUACUUGUGAAUUGUGUCGUUUAUAAUUAAAAUGAUUGUGUUGUGAUUUCAGUUGUGGUUUCAGACGAUGCAUACUUGAUUCAAACUAGAUUCUAGAUACUGUAGAAGUGAAUGGAAUUAAACUUUUGUUUGUUGAUCUGCCCCAGAGCUCUUUGAAAGGUGUUCAGGGAAGCCUGAAUAGAACAACAGCGUUUGUAAAAAACCUUUUCUUCUCACUGCUCUCCUUGUUUAGCUACGGGGAGGCCCUAUUCAUGAAUUCAAAGCUAAUCAGUGGGGUGACUGAAUUCCUAAACACAGAGACAGAGCUGAACGAGGUACGUUUAUUUAAGGUUCACUCAGGUAUCCCAGUCUUCUGUAUUAAAUGUUACAUUUAAAUUACAUUGUAAAUUACAGUAUAACAAAUGUGAAAGAAAGCUGAAUAUAUUCAAACGUAUGGAUUUUGUCAUUUAAAAAGCAUAGUUUACUGUAUGAUAAUUACAGGUAUAUGCAAUACUCUUACUAAUCAGUCCUGCUUUGUUAAAUUGUCUUAACAUUGAUUUGAUGGAGACAGUCUGGUCUACAUUCAAUUCCAACGAUUUCUAAGAAGCAUAGCAUUUAUUUCUCAACCCCAAAGUAAUAGUAUUUUUAAAGUAAUUGUGUUUUUCUCACUGAUCAGUGGGCAUCAGAACCAGUCCAGUAAUCCCACUGACAGAACCAUAGAGAAGAGACCAAAACCUUAAAGGGAUGUUUAUGCUGUACGAGUUUCUUGUUAUUUGUUCCCUGGGGGCCGCUAAUUGGCUAAAAAAAGCUUCACUGAGUUUUUCUGAAGUUCUGAACUUUAAAGAAACUUCACUGCCCCUGUAUGUUUUUGUGUCUGGGAGUAAUUCAAAACACCCAUAUGCAUAUUAGAGUUUAUGCAGACUCAUAGACCUAUAUAUGAGCCCGAGCCCGAAAAAAAGAACCUGAAUUAAAAAAUGUGCCGUUAUACAAUACCUAGUCUACUGCAUAUUACACAAGGCAGAAAAACAAUUUAAUAAAUACUGAUUUAAGAUGUCUUUGGUACAUAAUAGGUCUAGCCUAAAUGAAACAAAUUCAGAGUAAUCCUACAAUUAUAGUGAAUUUUGUAUUUGAUUUUGAAUAGCCUAGUAAUAGGGCAUUCUUUAUAUUUUCUUAAUUAAUAGGCUGACACAUUACUUUUACCUACAGAAUAUCUCACCUAACAUGCGUUUCCACCUCCUCCCCUCUCGCCUUGGUUCUUUUCUCCAGCGCGCAGAGAGAAGGGCUGUCAACAGUUUAAUGAAAUAAUAUGUUUUGUUGUGAAGACAUGUUAUCGAUGUUCCCAAACAGAUUUCACUUGGUUUCUCAAAUUAAUCACUGGGUAGCUGCAGGAACAGGGUUGGAGAGCCCGUGGCACACAGGGUUGGGUAGCUGGAGGAACAGGGUUGGAGAGCCCGUGGCACACAGGGUACUGGGUAGCUGGAGGAACAGGGUUGGAGAGCCCGUGGCACACAGGGUUUUGGUGAAAUAACCAGAGUAGCCUACCAGACAUGAGUGAAAAAGGAACCAGCAGGAAAGUGUCCUCCAUGCGCUAUUUCACACGGAUGACACGUAUUAUUUAUCUUCCCCCUGUUCCUGCCCAUCUGAUAAUGGGCCAUUCUAAAUCGAAACAAAUUUUACAUAUUAGUAAAGACAAUAUUAAAUUGAGAAUAGUCUGAUGGGUGAAAAUAUAUCAUUAAUGUCAAGGUCAGAAUACGGCGUAUCAUGGCCUCCCGAGUUGCGCAGCGGUCUAAGGCACUGCAUCGCAGUGCUAGAGGCGUCACUACAGACCCGGGUUCGAUCACGGGCUGUGUCACAACCGGCCGUGAUCGGGAGUCCCAUAGGGCGGCGCAACAAUUGGCCCAGCGUUGUGAGGGUUUGGCCGCGGGGGCUUUACUUGGCUCAUCGCGCUCCUUGUGCCGGGCCGGGCGCAUGCAGGCUGACCACGGUCGUCAGGGGAACGGUGUUUCCUCCGACACAUUGGUGCAGCUGGCUUCCGGGUAAAGCGGGCGGGUGUUAAGAUGCGCAGUUUGGCGGGUCAUGUUUCGGAGGACGCAUGACUCGACCUUCGCCUCCCGAGACUGUUCUGGAGUUGUAGCGAUGAGACAAGAUUGAAAUUGGGGAGAAAAAUUGGGGGUAAAAUUUUACAAAUGUAAAAAAGAGUACAGGUGUAUCUGAAGACAUCUCAAUUACUUUAAUCUCCACCCCAAACGCGUACCUUUUUGUGAUGCAUAAGUUCAAGGUCAGAAUACACGCAGAGAGAAAAGCACAUAAAAAGGAAAUAAAGUUUAAUUUACGUGACUCAGGUCUGAAUUCCCCCCUACAGCUUUGUUGCCUGGAUACCCUCAUGUACCUGACUCUGUUGCCUGGAUACCCUCAUGUACCUGACUCUGUGCUUGUGUCUGUCUGUUACCUUCUUCAGCUGAAGGAGUUCAUCCAGAUCAGUGGAGGUGGGGCGGGGCCAGCGUUGUCCCGGGCCGUGGAGAUCGUGGAGGCCAACGUGAGAUGGCACAGUCUCUACGAACGCCAGAUCUUCCAGUGGCUAAGGAAGUCUCCCAACGGUUAA